AUGGCAAGACUAGGGCAUCCAUGUAAUCGCAACCAUCAGAAAUUGACCACCGACCCCCUCUGUCAACCUCUUCCUGGUGCCACCGACCCCCUCUGUAAACUUCUCCCUGCUGCCACCGACCCCCUCUCUCAACUCCUCCCUGGUGCCAUCGACUCCCUCUGCCAACUCCUCCCUGGUGCCACGACCCCCUCUGUCAACUUCUCCCUAGCGCCACCGACCCCCUCUACCAACUUCUCCCUGGUGCCACCGACCCCCUCUGUCAACUCCUCCCUGGUGCCACCGACCCCCUCUGUCAACCUCUCCCUGGUGCCACGGACCCCCUCUGUCAACUUCUCCCUGGUGCCACCGACCCCCUCUGUCAACUCCUCUCUGGUGCCACCGACCCCCUCUGUCAACUUCUCCCUGGUGCCACCGACCCCCUCUGCCAACUUCUCCCUGGUGCCACCGACCCCUCUGCCAACUUCUCCAUGA